UGCUACUUUUAGCAUGCCAAAGAAAGUCAGGUCUUUUAUAAUUCAAUGAGAAUUACACAUAACGAUUCACCCCAGUGGGGUCGACAGAAGAACCAUUAUCUAAGUAUCCCCAUCUUUUCAAGCUAUUAAGCCCAGCCAGAAAAGCCCUUACAAAAACCUAUGAAUAUUAAAUGGCACAGGAACUGGGGGCUAGUUUGUGACAUCUCUUCUAAGCAAGCAGAGAGGACGCAGACCGUACCCUAAACACUAUUGCACAAGUCCAAGCAUAAAAGCCCAAACCCAAGGCCAAUUCCCAAACCCUAAUAGAGCUUGCAAGCCAGGUCCAGUUAUGAGCCCACAUCCAGCUACUGUGGGCACCCAAAAAUCUGGGCACCAAAUCUAUCAUCGGGUCACCACCGCCAUCACCUGCAGUGUUGCCACCAGUGUAGAAGCCUCCAACGCCGCCGCUGAGGCAUUGCAGAUCUCUAACAAGGAUUAAAACACAAACCUCGCAGCUGGAUUUGCAAAGGACACCCAAGCAUCUAGGCACCAGAGCCUUCGUGCAGCCACCUCCAGCAACCCUUCUGGCUCCACUCGCGUCACAUCCUCCGUCAAAUCUCGCCAGCAACCUGACCUCCGACGUCGAACACGCUCACACUCGAACCAUGGUCUCUUGACCCCCAACCCGGAUGGCCUAACCACCACUCCUUCCGGCAACCAAAGAUCACCUAAUCAUUGCUUGCCGCAUCCUCAUCGAGAUUAGGCGUCGAGAUCACUACCUCCACCUGCUUUCGCCCAGCUAGCGAGAAGUCACCAUCAACGCCACCACAUAGCGUCACAGAAAAAAGAAAAAGAAAAACUAUUCCCCACGACUGGGGGCUGCGCCACCGAACGCUGUCGUCACCCCCCAAGAAGCCGGAGAGAGGAAGCAAAGCACAUACACCUCCACCGGCUCAGUUUGCCGUGUCGCUGCCAAGAAAACCUAGCGUAGCCCUCAUCCUUUCUAAAGAUCGAUGCAUCACAGCAUUCUUAGAUUUUGACUCAAAUUCAAUCUCUCAGCAAUUCCCAAAGUCACCACAUUGCUGGGUUUCCUCAGGGCAAGUCUCUAGGGUUCUUCUGCGAAUUUGGUCAGGUGUGAGUUAAAGAAGGGUAUGGCAUCGACAGAGUGUCAACCAUAUUCUGUUUCGGAGUACCAUUUCGUAGAUGAAAAGGAUGAAUGUGUCUCAUUUCAUGUAUUGCCUGUUCAAUGGAGUGAUGGUGAGAGACAGGAUGGCGAGAAUGUAAAGAUAUUUCUGCAUGGAACCGCUGAUAAUGGGGGGAAUUUAUGUAAGCAUGUUAUUGCAUGGAAGUUUGACAUUUCGAGUGAAGAGCCUGAGAUAUUGGUUCUCUCCGAGGAAAAUAGUUGGAUCAAGCUUGGGAAGCCGAGGAAGAGCUUUGAGGACACUGUUAGGUCGAUCUUGAUAACGGUGCACUGCCUUCACUAUGUGAAGAGAAAUCCUGAAAAAUCCAGAGAAUGUGUGUGGAAUCACCUAUCUGAAGUUUUCAGGUUGUAUGUGGUCAGGCCUUCUCAAAGUGAUUUGGUGGAUCACAUGCCUCUCAUCGGUGAUUGUGUUAACAGAUAUCAUGCCUUAGCAGAUUCCAAGUUUUUGGCCAAACUUUUUGAAGAGAAGACAAUGAAGAGGAAACUCUCUGAUGAGGAUACUGAAGCUAGAAAGAAGCUCAGAAUUAUGAUCGAUGAUGUAAAAGAUGAUAUGAUUCAUGCAGAAGAUGAGGAUAUCGAUAACCUGUUUGGUGAGGUCUGUGCUUUAUGUGACGAUGGUGGCAAGAUCAUUUGUUGUGAAGGGGGGUGCCUAAGGUCUUUUCAUGCAACUGAGGAGGCGGGUGCCGGAUCUUAUUGCAAAUCUCUUGGCUUUAUGCAGGAUGAUGUUGUUGGGAUGCAAAAUUUCUACUGCAAGAACUGUGAACAUAAACAGCACCAGUGCUUUGUCUGUGGGAAGUUAGGUUCCUCUGAUAAGUCCUCAGGUGCUGCUGAGGUGGUUUCCUGUGUAUCCCCAAACUGCGGUCGAUUUUACCAUCCACAUUGUGUUGCAAUAUUACUUUACCAAGAUAAUGGAGUUCCUGCUGAAGAACUUGAGAGAAAGAUUGCUGGUGGGGAAUCUUUUACUUGUCCAAUUCAUAAGUGCUGCAUUUGUAAACAAGCAGAAAAUAAGAAGGAUAGUGAGUUACAAUUUGCUGUGUGCAUGCGUUGUCCAAAAUCGUACCACAGGAAAUGCCUGCCAAGGGAGAUUGCUUUUGAAAAUCAAGGAGAAAUGCUAGAAGGGAGAUCAAUAAUAAGAGCUUGGGAUGGUCUAUUACCUAACCGUAUACUCAUAUAUUGCACAAAACAUGAUAUAGAUAUUGAAUUUGGAACUGUAAGAAGGGACCACAUAAAAUUCCCUGAUGUCAAACAGAAUAUGAGCACUCUCAAAAAGAAGAAGAAGACUAUUUUAGAAGAGAAGUGGAAGCCAAUGUCAGAAUUCCUUGCAGACGGAGACAAAGUUGUGACUAAGAGAAAUAUUUCCUUGGAUAAAAAUGCUCCUACAGCACUUAAGACACAAAAGCCAUAUGUUCAAGAGAAGAAGACUAGGAAACUUAUGUCAGAGCAGAAACCUGUGUCUAAGAAGAGCGAUUCUUUUUUGGAAGAAUCAGUUGGGGAAGGAAGUGAUCCUGUACUAUCCACACUAGUCAAGAAGAAGCUUUAUUCAGUUAAAGAGAAGAAGGCUACUUUUGUAAAAGAGAAGACUUUUGUUGAAGAGAAAAAAAGCCAACUGACAUCAACGGUCUCUGUAGACAGAGAAAAAGCUGUGUCGAAGAGGAGAACUCCUUCCUCUGAAGGACUAUAUAGUGAGAAAAGUGCUCCUACAAUAUCCAAGAAAAAACAGAAGCCAUCUUUUGUUGAAGAAAAGAACAAUAACCUUGUAAAAAAGAAAACUAUUGUUGAAGAGAAGAGGAAACAGACGUCAGAGUCCCUUGUUGAGAGAGAGACAGCUGUGUCCAAAAAGAAAAAUCCUUCCUCGAAAGAAUCCUAUAGGGAAAGAAAUGCUUCUACAACUCCCAAACAGAAGAAGAAGCCAUCAGAGCUCACUGUGGAUGGAGAUGAGGCUGGGUCUAAGAAAGGAAGUCCUUUGGAAGAAUCAUUAAGUGCAAUUGCUUCAACUGUACCCAAACUGAAGCAGAAGUCGACUUCUGCCGUGAAACUGGGUAGUAACAAAAAUAGGGAAAAGACGUUUUCCGGUAUAGAUAUUUCAAGGAUGGUGAAACGAAAUAAUUCGCUGAAAAAUGAACUCCAGGCUUCCAUGUCUGAGAAAAUCAAGACCUCACUGGAUGAAGAGCCAUUUUCUUCAAUGGAGUAUGAGCAGGUGAAGCUCGGGAACCUGGAUACACCUGAUGCUAAUACAGCUAGUGAGAUACACAAGGAAAUGCCACCACAUACUGAAUGUGGUGACGAUGGAAAUCAGCAUCCUGACCCCAGCAAGUCUCGUAUGCACUGUGCUCAUGCUAAUGGUCAAGUCCAAUUCAAAAUUCCUGAUGAUGCAGGCAGAAGGUGCACCACGAGUAAUGAUGAGCCUCGUUCGAGUGUUACCAAUCCUGGGUCUGGCAAUGAGAAAGGGUGCAAGAGAGAGAACUCGGGAAAACCAUAUUCAAAUGGGACGAAACAGAAACAGAAACUGAGAACAGAAUUUGACAGAGUCCCACCAGCUUGCAUUAAAGGGAAGCAAGAUCCUAUUUUUUCAAGAGGCUUUGAUCUAGUGGGUCAAAAUUCAGUAUAUGACCAUAUUAGGACAUUCUCAUCUACUUUUUACAGCGAUAUAGGUCAUGCUGCCGACUCGUUAUCUAGUACUCACGGAUUAGCUAUGCCAUCAGAUGCAACUAAAUUGGUUGGUCCAAGAGCACCCCAACCUGGUUACCUGGAUAGGUGUAUGGGUUUCGCUCCUGGUCCGCAGCUGAACUAUUCACUACAGAGUUCAGCUGGUUGGAUCGAUGAGUAGUUGCAUACUUUAGUGGUUUCUUUGGUGAAUUGUACAAGGUCUUUAGUAAGGUUACAUGUCUUGGUACUUUACUAAUUAACUCUCCAAUUGCUUUCUACUUUUUUGGUUUCUUGUUUUUCUUUUUCGUUUUUUCGGCUCUUAAAUGAUGCUUGCUAAAAGGUCUAGAUUACUAAGGAAGGUGCCAUCCAUUUGUUAGAUUUUGAAGAUGGCAAUGAUCGAGUGUCUCGUUCUCGUUGCCUGUAGAAAUGCAGCUAUGGGUUCAAGAGGGCACUUGUACCCCUCAUGAGGCUAGAGAGCCAGGGGCGUCUUAGGUCAUACGGUUUUCAUUUGAAGUGAGCAAUAUGGUGAACAGGUAAGUUCCUCAGUGGUUGAGUUGUGUCCAAGUCCUUGAAAUCCAAAUGUUCCAAGUAGGGGGAUUAUUAAUGGGGCAUUAUAGACAAGCAUAUGCAAGGCAUUUUGCUCGAGGAAGUGACUGUAAAGCCCGCGCAUCUGGGGAUUUUGUUUUAUUUUUAUUUUAUAUUUACCUAUAAGUUCUUACUGGUAUCUAAUUUUGAGUACCUUCAAUUUUUUAUUUUUUUUAGAAGGAAUAAAACCUUUUGAAACUAAUCUCAGCAUUACAACUGUUUGAAUAGGUUGUACCAUA